UCAUUUGACUCUCGUUGGAUCAGUUGAUCGAGGUCUAAACAGCGCUUUUUGUUAAUAAGUCAGUUGGAUGGAAAAGAAUGUUGAAGCUUACAGCAUUUGGACAGGAAAUGGUCAUUUUUUGUGUCCAUUGUGGGUGUAAUUUGUAAUUAUUUGAUUGUGUGCCAAAAAAGUUUAUUUUGAAGUCAAACAAGUGGCAAAAACAUGUUCGUUUUUAAUAAUACAAUUUGAUGUGAAAUGAAAAGCAUUAGAUUUAUAUUUUUCUAAACUUGAACUUGACUCAAGUGUAUGUGUCCUCAGUUAGAUCACUUUUAGUGCAAUAAUAAUUUCUCAGUCGAUUGAUAUGGAAAAUAUUUCAACAGAGAGAUGUAUCAAUUUAUUUGAUUGCUAUCUUUCAUUAAUAUGGGUGUUAGAGAGAGAAGGGGAGAGUGAGAAAAUUAUCGUUAUUGGGAAAAAAGACACUCGAAAGUAAUGUGAUGUAAGCAGAAAAUGACGAAAUUUCACAUUAUUUCUUUGCUCAUUAUGAAGCAUUUUUUUUUCUUCAGUGCUACGUAAGAUAAAGCAAUAUAAAAUCUCAGUUUCGGAACAAUUACAUAUAAACAUUUUAUCAAUUUUGUAGUAUUGUUUUCGAUUGCAACUUUUAUCUCUUUAAUGAGUUUCGUGUAUGUGUUUGUAUGAUACAUGAGGUGUAAUGGGGAGAUAUAAAAUUACGACAUUUGGCUGAUAAGGAACGACAAGAAAUAGUUAUCAGUGAGUUUGUGUAUGGGAAAAUAUGCCGUAUAAGCAGAAAAGACAUUUCCAACAGAGUGCUUAGCUUAAAGACAAAAUUCAAGCAGAAGUGCUGCAAUUGCACUUGGGCUGGACUGAACUUGUUGCUGUGAAAGUGAUACAGUGUCUGAAGGAUCUUGAAAGAUUGUACGAGGAGAAUAAUUUGGGAAUAUGGGAUGUUGCUCGAGUGGCGAAAAAGUGCCAAUAAGGCGCAAUAGUGAUGAGGAUAACGCCAGAGGAGAGAGUGAUCGUCUUUUGUACAGUGAGCCUAUGAAAUAUGAUCCAAACUUCAAGGGCCCAUUGAAGAAUCGCUCUUGCACUGAUGUGAUCUGCUUACUCCUCUUUGUCUUCUUCCUCGUCGGAUGGGGUGCGGUUGCUUUCUAUGCUUACAGAAAUGGUGAUCUUGACCGUCUCCUCGUGCCAACAGACUCCCAGAACAAUCGCUGUGGAGUCGACAGUAAUGUGCUCAAUAAACCCUAUCUGUUCUUCUUUGAUCUCUCACGAUGUGUAGACAUCACAGUGCCCAUCAAUGGAUGUCCCACGCCACAGGUGUGCGUGGAAAAGUGUCCAGAGGAACCUUUUCUCUUUGAUAUGCUCGGACCGAAUGAGCCCAUUGAGAAUAUCAAGAAUUUACUCAUUUGCGAUGUUAAUGUCAACAAAAAUGAUAUCACAACAUACGAAAUAGCCAAAGAAUUUGUGGACAAUAACCGAUGUGCUAGGUGGUAUCUACAGAGUGUUCCUUUUCUCAAUCGAUGCAUCUCUGAUCUGCUAACAACGAGUUGUCCCCGUAUCCCAAAAUCCUACACGGGAACCUCAAAGCGAAGUACAGAUGUAUCCAGGGCUUCACUACUCACUACAAAUCGCUAUCAGUGGCCACCAGAUCAGCAAAUUGAGGGUCGAUUGUCACCUGAAGCGGUCGAUGAGCCGGCAUUUAGGAAAUGCGAGGAAAAUCGUCGCAUUGGUCGUGAGAUCAUCUAUGAUAAAGUCAAGAAGACCAAUACGUAUUUAGCCCGUUUUAUGGGCAACACUCUAGCUCACAUCACCAAUAAGACGGAAGCUCUCCAGAUUGGCCAAAUGGUCGUUGAAGAUGUAAUCGAUUCAUGGUGGCAAAUCCUCGUUGCUCUCGGAUUGACUAUGAUCGUUUCGUUGCUGUUUAUCGUGAUCAUGAGAUGGAUAGCAGCCCCUGUGAUUUGGUUCACAAUCCUAGGCGUUAUUGGAAUUCUAGGAUAUGUGAUUUACUACAGUGCAACAAUGUACGUGCAAUUGAGGGAUAAUCCGGUAUAUGACAGUGCACCAGGCACGAAUAUCAAUGCAAUUGUUAAAUCCUAUUUGGACAACAAGAAUACGUGGCUUUACCUUAUGAUUGGCGUAUCGAUCCUGCUUUUGAUCAUAUUGCUUCUAGUCUUGGUGCUCCGCAAGAGGAUUGUUAUUGCGAUUGCAUUGGUUAAAGAGGGAAGCAAAGCUGUAAGUUCAACCACGUCCACAAUAUUCUUUCCACUGAUACCGUGGACUCUGUAUCUGCUCGUGAUUGCCUUUGCUGUGGCAGUGGGACUCUAUUUGGCAUCUGUAGGUGAUCCGGUACAUCGAGUUGUGGGUCUCAAUAGUACCGGUGGAUGCGUAUGCAGUGGACCACCUGAGGGAAUUUACGAAAAUGGCCAUCUAUGCGAUCCGGAUGUUUUUCACCAGUACUGUCGAGAACCAUUAACCGGAUCGUUCUUUAGGCAAGAAAAUGCAGCAUGUCGAUCUGCAUCAUGUCACUUCCAACGGAUAGAUAGUCCAAAGAUUGUGGGAUAUUUUCAUGGGGUGAAUGUUGUAGGAUUUUUCUGGUUGCUCUUCUUUGUGUCAGCCUUCAAUGAGAUGGUACUGGCGUCGGCAUUUUCUACAUGGUACUGGACAUUCCACAAGUCAGAUGUACCCUUUUUCAAUGUUACCAUUUCAAUGGGACGUACAAUACGCUAUCACCUGGGAACAUUGGCAUUUGGCUCCCUUAUCAUCACAAUCUGUCGGAUAAUUCGAUGUAUACUGGAGUACAUUGAUCACAAGUUGAAGAAGUUUGACAAUGAAGUCACCAGAGGUAUUCUGUGUUGUUGCAAAUGCUUCUUCUGGUGCUUGGAGAAAUUUCUGAAAUUUCUCAAUAGAAAUGCCUACAUCAUGUGUGCGAUUCAUGGAAAGAAUUUUUGCUCAAGUGCACGGGAUGCAUUUAAUUUGCUCAUGAGGAACUUUUUGCGUGUGAUUGCUCUGGAUAAAGUCACAGAUUUCCUCUUUUUUAUGGCUAAGGUGCUGAUUGCAGCAGGAAUGGGUGUGGCAACACACUAUUUUAUUAAGAGUCCACACAGCAAUAUGGAUCUCAAUUAUUCCUUUGUUCCUGUGAUCAUUGUGGCAAUCGGAAGUUACCUAAUUGCUUCUGUAUUUUUUUCUGUUUAUUCAAUGGCUGUGGAUACACUAUUCUUGUGUUUCCUGGAAGACACUGAGCGCAAUGAUGGAUCACCCGAGAAGCCAUAUUUUAUGUCCAAACAACUUAUGAGGAUUCUCGGGAAGAAGAAUGAGGUACCCCGUCAUAGGUAUCGUUAAAAUUUAGCACACUGGGACUCUUAAUGGAGACAGAGGUACAUACAUUGUAGUAUAUAUGCUCUGUUUUAUAUUGUGUCCAGAAGUCAGAGGAAAGAGGUCUUUAAUUUUUCAUAUUAAACCAGUUCCUUUUUGUACCGAUCAUUUUAGGUAGUUCAUUUUUUUCUAAGCAGAUUAUUUAUAAAAGUUUACUGUAGUUACUGGGAGGGUAUUAAAAAAGUUACAAGCUCAAACAUAAAAGAAAAAAAGAUUUUGUAUCAGAUAUGAAGACUGAGUCUUCAGAGAUUCAUUAAAGCUGUGAAGUUGUUUUGUCAACUUAGGAAAGGGAUCAAAAAAGACGAGCGUGAGUUUCAAUCAAAUUUACGUGAGAGAAUGUUCUAAGUUUACUAAUAUCUCUAUUAAAAUGAGCAGAAAAACAAAUUCAUGGGACGAAUUCUAGCUUUAAGACACCAGAAUAAGGUAUUAUAAUAAAUAUUUAAAACACUUAUAAAA